AUGACCCAACGUGGUUUCAUUCAAGAAAGAUUGGAAUCUCUAAAUGAAAUAGACAACAAUGUUGUUGGCUUGCUUGACAGAGUGAGCAAACUAAUAGAUACUUAUAUGGAGCCUAGCCGAAAUACAACGGCAGAUAUCUCAAGCACGAAGGAACAGUUCCAGGAAGAAGUCAAAGAAGUUUACAGUGUCCUCAGUGCCCUAGCCAUUAGCUUAAGAAAAGAAGUAAAAAUAAUGGACGAGAAUAUAGGGGUUUAUGAUAAGAACGAUGAUCUGAUUAUGAUUCUUCCGAUGAAUGUGGACCAAAAAAAUACAACCCUAGGUAAGCGCAAGCUUGAGGAAGAAUUGGAAAAGCUAGAGCUGGAAUAA